AUGCAUCUGGAUAAAUUUCGGAAACAGUCAAAACAGUUGGAAUUAUGGAAAGUGAUAACAUUAGCAUCACAUUAUAUGAAACUUAUGGACUCGACAAGACCGCGUCAUGUGCGACAAGCUGUUGCUUAUAUGAGAGAGCUCGAUGCUGCAGCGUAUCGAAUUGAUUCCACCAUAGAGACGCUCGAUCAGAUUACUAAUGAAGUCGAUAAUGAAAUCGGUUGCUGUGCAGCGAAUUUCAAAAAGUCUUUUGUUACCAAGGCUAAUGCUCUUGAAAGUUGUGGUCUUUAUCAGCUAUCAGUUCAAUUGCAAAAGCAACAAAAAUCGAUAAAUGAUGUGGCGGAUGAUUUUUCACGGAGAAUACGACUGAUAAAUGGCAUGCAUGAUAAUUUUAAGGAGCAUAAAAGCUUACUGAAAAAGUGUCGGGUAUUCGAUGUUGACAUGUCGGCGUUUACUAAGCUUGUCCGUUUACAAUGUGGUCAAUUGAUAGCUCCCGUGAAGGAACGAUAUCCAGUGGAGGAUUUGAAAACACUUUCCCUUGUCGAUCUGGUUGGAAAAAAUCUGCAUCGGUAUUUGGACUCUUCAUUUCUUUAUAUGUGUUCAAAUUCUUUUCUUCAGGUAAUUGAUGAGCUAAACAAAGUUAUUGUGAAUUUGAAUGGUUUACGAAUGGUGCGCAAAUUAAUCGCAUCAACAACUUCACCUGAGCAAAAUGAUAUCGCAAAGUUGAUGAAACCAAAACAAAAUCGCCAAUGUCAGUUGCCAGCUGAACAGCAUGUAUCUCGGCUAAUUCGAAUUUUGCCCCCUGCAAAUACCGAGUAUGAAUAUCUUAAAUGUUACCCAUAUUCUGGCAAUUGUCAAAAUAAGCAAUAA